AUUCUAGAAAAAAAUUUGAGACUUCCUAUAAAUUUCAUUUCUCGGGAAACAAAAUUUCAGUUCUUACCAAUCAACCAAGCUAUGGUGUUCUACUUUAGCAGUUUUCUAGCCUUAAUCUUGAGUAUCGUUUAUUCAGUCAGUGCUGACAUAGACUGUCAAAACUAUGACGCCCAAAGAAAUCAUAUACUCGAAAUCUAUCAUAAUCCCAUUGUGAAUGACUUAACUAAGGAAAAAAAUAUUCCGGAUCUGAUUUCCUUUUAUCUUCGCUACCCAAAUGCUGUUUCUCUGUCAGAAAACGAUAAGCAACAAUUUGACAGAUUCAUCCAUAACUACAGAGAAUUCCGGACAGUUUUGAUAGAUGGAGUACCACCACAGGGAGGAACAAUUGGAUCUAUAUUCGGAAAUUUCUUGGGCAGAGUCGGCACCCGAUAUGUAUUAUCUCUGUUCAAUCAAAAGCAGGAAGGUCAAGCAAUUCAUGGCACCAAUUCAGCUGUCUCACCAUGAAGAAUUUAAAACAUAUCUAUAACAUACUGCUUUAACGCCCAGUAAACUAAUUAAAUAUUAAUAUGAUGUGUUAAAUGCCUUUAUGGACUUAUUAAACUUGAUGUUUUGAAAGCUUGAAAAUGAAAUUAAGAUAUUUAUUUUGUUCCCCAAGGGCAAAAACAGAGUAAUCGGUUAACUAUUAACAAUAUUAAGUUGAGGCAAUUGAGGCCACAGGCACUCAGAAAGUAGUCUGCCGUUUAUGGCAGUAUUAACGAUAGCGUUAACGAUGAUGACAGCAUUUAUGGCCAUUCAAUGUAAAUCAAUAUCCACACAGGACGAACGUGGGAUAAGCUAACUGAUUUAAAUGGCCGCAGAGCAGCGGAUGUGGAUUAGAUUUAUGUUCUCAACUUAACC